AUGGACGUAUCAUCAAGCUUUGGAGGCGUUAGGGAUAGCAGAGCCUUAGAGAAGGGAUUCUCCGCUAUUGUUGGAACAGCGACGGGCAUUAACCAAUCUUCAUCCAUUUUGUCAGCAGGCUCAACAGGUACUUCUGAAAGUUCCAUGACCGAGUACUCCAAUACUUCAUUGAUGACAACCUUCGAGGAAACGGUAACCUCUUUAUUUACUGGCUUGAGGGAAAGGUCAUGUAUUCGCACUACAAAUUGGUAUUCUUUCAUCUUCUCUCUUGUUUUUAUUGUAUACAGCUUCUGGGCCAUGAUGUUUCUUCCUGCAUUGGAUCAUGUAGGAAUGAAUUGGGAAACGAACAGCGCAUGGGUCUUUAAGGCUGCCAAUUACCCUGUAACUCUAGCAUUGAAUCUCUCCUCUAUUGAGACUGUAACUGGAAUUUUAAUAGGAUUCUUUGUAAUUAUUACAACGUGUGUGGUCAUGUUAGUUGCUUCGUUGUAUGCUAUCAAUACCACUAACAAGCAUUGGCCAAAAAUCAAGCUCUUCACCCGAGUACUGAUGGGAUUUCUUACUUUUACCUCGCUUUUUUAUUCAUAUGCUUACAGUUUGAUAUUGGGAUGCAACUAUGGACAUUUUGAGCUGCUUCCUAAUGCGGACCAACCGCUGGAAAUCCUUAAAGAUUUCACUCAAGUUGCUUGUGUGAGUUCUUUAAACUCAGCAAUGAUGGCUGUGGGUGGUUUUUAUUUUUUAGUGUUGAUGGUAAUUGUAGUUAUAUCUUCAAUGACUCUCUUUGAUAACAAUCCUACAUGCAAAAACUUAUUUGUGUCUGAAACCAACAUGGUGUAUUUGCCGCUGACCUUAUUUCAUUGCUUGUACAUUAUUCUUUCGGCUUUAUUGCCCUCUCGAUAUGCUUUCAUUGCUCCUUGUGUUUACUGUUGCUUGUCUCUAUGCUACUUAGCUUAUGUUGUUUACCUAAUUCCUUUCUUUAGAAAGAUAGAAAAUACUAUUUAUUUUGGAAUUAACUGCGCUCGUGUUGGAUUUGCACUUGGGUUUCUUAUUUCGAGCAUUGUGAAUAAUGUUGCAGGUAUCAGCGAAAGCGUUAAAAUAGGAAUGUUAGGAAUUGUCUUUGGACUAGCAGUUAUAUUUUUGUGCGUUGGACUCAUUGGAAUGGAACUCUACCUGAGAUACAUUGCAAAGACAGUACGAAGACUCCUCACUGAAACUUGUGUCGUCAGAGGUGACAAUGACAAUGCUAUUGUUAACCUUGAACGAGAUGCAUCGUAUUUGUAUCAAAUCAUAGAAGGACAGGGUAGACAGAGACAACUAAUGCUCUUUUUUAAGCUUUCCAAAUCAUAUCCGAGCGAUAAUUCAGAUCGUUUUUCAGACCUGGAGCUUUCCCUUAAGUUUAUCAAGGGACUUUUCUCUCAACGGGUCAUAUCCAAGAUGAACUAUGGAUGUUUGCUCACAGCUUCGAUAAUCGUGGCAUAUUUUAACCCAAAUAUUGUACUCAGUAUUUCAGUUUCCACUACACUAUUAAGACGGGCUGCAAAAUUUAAGAACAACUUUAUCCGACGAUUUUUAGUCAACGACAAAACCAAAGAAUGUGAAUUUUUAUAUGGCAAGGAUAGCUCAGGAAAGAACCACAUGGAACUAAAGAAUAUCUUGGCAAAGCUCGACAAAAAACAGCUCAUCAUUCAUUAUCUACAUAAGGCCUUCUGGAAAGAGCUUAUGAAUGAAAACGUUGACAUUGAGAAAGUACAAGUAAUCAAUAGACAAAUAUCCAGGUUAACGAACGCAGCACAAUCAUCCUUUGAUUCCCUUAUGCAAAGCUAUAAUCAUGACAAGUCUGUCAUCAGAGCAUAUGCCAAAUUUUUGGAAGAGUGCCAAUUCAACGCUGAUCUAGCAGCAGAACUGUUCCAAGAAGCCACUGCCAUAGAGGACGAUGAAGCAAGUAGUCAAAGAAAGCUUGUACAAAAGAAAAAUAAUCAUAACAAGGUUGUGCCAGCAUCCUCCUCAAUGCUGAUGGAGGCUGACACGAGAGCAAGUAAUCAAGAUGGUUAUUUUGACGAAAAAUCUGAACAAGACUUGUAUAAUGAUAUUGAAAAUGACAAAUUUGAUGGAGUUGAAAAUACUGAAUCUUCAGCUCGCAAGGUAGACGCUUUGUUUCGAAUGUCUUUGAACAUGGAUAUGAAAAAUCAGCUGCAGCUCACUAGUUUCAUUGUGUUUGCAACAAUUUCUGUAAUCAUUUUGACGGUUGGAUUGGUUAUGAGUAUUGUUAUUUCAUUUAAUGUUUCGGGCGAUAUUUAUUUGUCGAAAUCUAUAUGCAUGCCAGCUGCAGUACCGUUAGGUCUCACGAGACGUAUACGUGAAAAACAAGUCCACAUGACUCUGUUGCCUGAUGAUCCACAAUGGCAAUCGAACCAUGACCAAAAACUGAAACAAUUUUUUGCAACCCUACGUUCAUUGAAAGAUCUCAGUUUAAAGGACGAGUUUUCGUCAGCCGUACGUUCAGAUUACGUGAAGCAAACCAGAAAGUAUAGACAACCAAUGUUAAUAUACUCAGGUUCAAGUCCUUCUAGCUGGCAAAAUUACACUAUUGAUAGAAACACAUCAAUAGCCGACAUUACGGAAUCACUUCUAACUAAUUGUGAAACAAUAUUAAGUUACACCAACGAGAAAUAUAACCAUACAGCCGACAACAUUAAUUUUAUGUAUUUGUAUUUGAACAGAAUUAAUUUUUCGGCAGGGUUUGAGACUUUUUGUAAUGAAUAUUUGGUUAGAAACGGAGAAAAAGCAGAAACUUUUAGAGACAACUUUCUUGCCUAUUAUGCUGCCUCUACCGGAGCCUAUGUGGUCUGUGCUGUUAUAAUUAUACUGGCAACCAAUUAUUUUCUUUCAUCUCUUACUGACGCAGUGAAAUUAUUGGACAAGAGAGUUUCCAAAGAUAAGGUUGGAAAAAUUUAUCAUGCACUAAAUACCAAGCUUAAUGAUGACAUGCAGAUCGGAAAUGACGGCUUAAUAGCAAAGCUACUUCGUCCAAACAUUCUUAUUGCCAUUCUAGUAGUUUUGGUUAUUUUAGUUACAGUUGGAUGUGUUUCUUUGUUCUUUUUAGAAACGCUGUUGAAUUCAAACUUUUCUGCUAAUGCAAUCCGAAAUAUUCAGUCAAGUGUCAACGUCAUCAUGACAUCUCAAAGAAUAGGCCUUAGGCUACAAGAAAUUUUCGUUUAUAACAUGGAAGAAAUUGAUAGUCGCUUGCCGCUGAAAAAUCCAACACUUACUUCACGAAAGGAACUUCAAUUUUUUCAUGAAGACCACAAAAAUUUAAUUGAUCUCGUCAACACAAAAUGGUAUGGACUGUUGUAUGGAAAUAAUGAAAACGGCUAUUCAAAAUUAAUUGGACAGUAUCCCAAGAUUGAUAACAUAAUCAAUGGAAUCUAUAGCUGUAAUGCAACACUCAAUUCAACCCAAUGUCCUACCAUGUCUCAGCUCAUCUCAAACAUAACUAACUCAGCAACUCUCUUUAAUGAAGAUAUUUUCUACAACCCAUCACAAUAUAGAGCUUUGGACGUUUUUAAGUGGACCCAGUCACUAUUUAGAAGUAUUGACAAUCUUGGUGACUUGCUGCAAUUCUUUAUUGAAACCUAUUCGAAAUAUGCUGCGAAUCCUUCGGUUGCUAUUACCAUUACAUUUGCCAUAGUAGGAUAUAUUUUGUUGGUUGCAUUGAUAUCUUUGACAUACACUUCUAUGAGCUCAUUUUGGGCUGAAUAUAGACAAUUUAGAAUGAUGCUGAACUUUUUCCCUAGUGACUUGUUGGAAGAUGACGUAUUGAAAAAGUUUAUUCUCCACAAAGAGCUUCCACCCAAGUUCAAAAGAAAAGAUACAAAGAAUAGCUACUCAGAAGGAAGCAACACUGACAACAUCAAGGCUUUAAUGAAUGCAUCAGUUGACGGAUCCAUACUCUGCAAUGAAAAAGGUGAAAUUAACUUAUUCAAUCCUGUCGCCGAGAGUUGCUUCGGCCUAAAGAGCAGUGACGUUGUUGGUUUGAGCGUGUACACACUGUUUAGUGAGAGUAGUCAUGCAACAAUUAAGAAAAUUCUUGCCAUUCUCACAGAUCGUUCAAAAACCUCAAAGGGAGAAUCUGUCGAGGUAGAAUGUCUUCGCAAGAACAAUACAACAUUUCCAGCAAGAGCAAACAUGUUUGCUAGCAAGUCCACACUCGUGUUUGUCAUUCGAGAUAUUACAGCCGAGAAGAAGCAAAAUUCACUUUUAGAAGAAGAGAAAAAGAAAUCGGAUUCACUUCUUCGCAACAUCCUUCCCGAAGCUGUGGGACAAAAACUCAAGUUAGGACAGACAUUCAUUGCUGAAAAGCACAACGAUGUAACAUGUUUCUUUUCAGAUAUGGUUAAUUUUACAGCUCUAAGCUCAACAAUGGACGCAACUGGUUUGGUGAAAAUGUUGAAUACUAUUGUGAACGGGUUUGAUGCACUUACUGAUGUUUAUCAUUUAGAAAAGAUCAAAACGAUCGGAGAUGCUUACUUUUGUGUUGGAGGCAUUCAUACAAGCUCCACUUCAGACCACCCUGAAAGAGUAUUAAGAUUUGCAAUCGAAACCUUUAAUGUGGUAUAUGAUUACAACCUAAAAUCGUUGCAAAAUACGGAAUCAGAUAAUGACUCUUCAUUCCUUAAUAUUCGUUGUGGCAUUAACACUGGUGCUGUAAUCGCAGGAGUGAUUGGAACUAAAAAAUUUGCGUAUGACAUGUGGGGAGAUACCAUCAAUGUAGCAAGUAGAAUGGAGUCAACAAGUAAAUCAGGUAGAAUCCAAUGCAGCAGAAGCACCUAUGAAAGAGUGUACGAUCUAGGUUUAGAGUUUGAAGAACGAAGGGUCGAAGUUAAAGGAAAAGGAUCUUGUCAAACGUAUUUGUUGAACGACAAGCAUCACAAAAAUCCAAUUCCUUCUACCACACCCAAUAUCCCUGUUCUUGAAUAA